CAGAUGGCACACAGUUCAGAACAAAAGCGAGCCUGUGGGCUUUCCUACAAAGUCUCUGCCUAUUGGAUUCGAGCAGCUUCCUGCCAUAACGCGUUACUCAUUAACCCAAAGCCAGACGCUCAUCAUCUCCACAUACAUGGAUACCAGAGUUCACUCAAAAAUGUUUUAUUUAUAGUCUUUUUUUUAAAUUAUUAUUAUUAUUAUUUAUUCAUCGCCCAGGCGUCGGUGAACACAACGUGAAGAAGGUUGAUGUUCUGAGGCAUCCAUGUAUCAGACACAUUAAAGACUCAUGGCAAAGUGGUUGAAAGAUUACUUGAAUUUUGGCAGCAGGAAAGGACCGCCGCAGCCACCCAAGCCGGAUUACACCGAGAGCGAAAUACUUCGUGCAUACCGUGCUCAGAAGGAGCUGGACUUUGAAGACCCAUAUGAACCAUCAAACCGAGCAAAUAAUGGCUCUGGGACCUCUGACCCAUUUCCUGCAUUCGGAACAAUUCUUCCAAAUGGCAUGGAGGUCAAGAUCGUGUCACCUAAGCACAGACUGAUAAAAGUGGAAUCUCAGGAAUUCAACCGCUGCAAGGUCCCACUGGGAAUCGUCUCAUUCGAGGAGCCUCAUGUCCCUGUCAUUCCAUCUGCUCCAGCAGUAGGGGACACCGAUUAUUCAGACCCGUUCGAUGCCCGCCCAGACCCACGACCCCAUCUCGGCUGGGAGUCCGGUUCCGUAGAAAACAGCAGCAGCUACAUGGAGCCAUUCGAGGCACAGAGAGUCAUCACGGAGCUGCAGCACGUCUCGGAGCACGGCCGCACCGUCUCUCGGGGAAGUCCGCAGCUCUAUGACAGCCCAUAUGAAGAACAGGGAAUCUACAGGACCGGUCUUCCAGAGGAUGAGAGGGAGAGUCGAUUGCCUCAGGAUGAUGAGAGGCCUGCAGAUGAAUAUGACCAGCCUUGGGAGUGGAAGAAGGAAAACAUCUCUAAGGCAUUAGCUGUCUUUAUGCAUUUAGUACAGUUCGAUGGUGGCGAUUGGGAGCGCUCCACACUGCCCCAUAUGGACCAGCACAGGAGAACUGGAACCUCUAGAACCAGUCCUCCAUCCAGCAAGGCCACCAGUCUACGCAAACCCAAUGACCAUCAUACCAUCCUGGGGGAAAGGGUGGACCCUGCAUUACCUCUGGAACAACAAGUGUGGUACCACGGCGCAUUGACACGCUCUGAAGCUGAGAAUCUACUGACACUGUGUAAAGAGUGCAGUUACCUGGUGAGAAACAGUCAGACAAGCAGAAACGACUACUCUCUCUCCCUCAGGAGCUGUCAUGGCUUCAUGCAUAUGAAAUUCUCUCAGUCACGUGAUGGGAAGUACAUCCUCGGCGAGAACAGUCCUCCCUUUGACACAAUUCCUGAGGUCAUCUACUUCUACACCACCCACAAGCUUCCCAUCCGGGGUGCAGAACACCUCUCUCUGCUUUUCCCUGUGGUGGUCCAGACACUCUGAGAACAAGCACAGCUACACACUGACCCACACCCACUCACACACACGAAGGCCUGGACUUCUUUUUGCUUAGGUCGGGGACACACACACUUGCAACGCCUCACAUGUUCACACACUCAGGGUCAAUUCUUGGUCAGCUUGCAGUAGCGCUUUGUAUUUGAUAAAAUGUCUAGUUUUACGUGUGGAUUUUAAUAAUAGUUACCAUUUGAAUUGGUUUGAAUGAUGGAUUGGUGUGAAUCUGCUCUGAAUCACAGUUUGGAGUGUCGCUGAUCUGCAGACUGAUAUUGAAAUGAAUAUUAAUGUGAUGGCUGAACUGAUGCCGUAGGUUAUUUAAAUACAUUGACACUACACACCUCCUUGUGCUUCUAUUCACAAAACUGUUUUAUAGCCUGACUUCCAUACAGUACAUUGUUUACCUUUACAGCUAGUACUCCACACACGCUAGAAAUUUCCAUGAACUACGGAAUUAUGGACUCUUAAUUUCUGCUAUCCUGUAUUCUAGCCAGACUGACACACUGAUCCUACACACCACUGAGCUGUAGAUCCUUGUACUGUACCUUCCCUGUCUCUGUUGUAAGCAAAAACAUAACCUGAUAGACCAAUAUUAAGAUAUCAGUAAUUAGGGAUGCAUCGUUACUGAUACUUGUACUAAUAAGUGCUCAGAUACCGUGUCGUACCGUAUAACAUAAGCCUAGUGUACAAGUGUCGACACAACAGACGGACAACUGAAAGUACAUAUUUUCUUACAAUACAUGUAACCUGAUGAAGCAUGAUAUGGCAUUUAAACAGUAUCUUUGAGCAAAAGUACAGGAACCGGUACUUUAUGUUGUGCAUGCAGCAUUAAAGAGUGCAUGCAGUUCAGCUAGCUCUGAGAUGCGCAUGCUAUCUUUGCACCCACACUCCUGCAAUUCACAGUAUUUUUAAUAAAAUGCUGCUCAUGCCAUAUAUUACAGAUACUGUUUACUUAACACCAUACGUAAAACUCUUCACUAGGAAGGAAUGUUAGCUGUGUACGGAGUAGCAACCAACAUAAACUUUCACGGUGCUCCUGAAAACCACACACUCCUUUCACUAUUGAUAGUAUCAAUGAGUACAAGAAACCUGCAUUCAUACUUUGGAAAUGUGGCACUGAUGCAUCCUUAUCAUUUAUAGAAAUAAUUCAUAUAAAGCAAGCUUGGCCAAAAGAAGUUGCUCAUUUUCUAUUAUAAGUUCUAUUAUAACUCUUUGGAGUCUGAUAAUGAGCUAACAAGGCAUACUGUUAAAGGAAACCAAGCAACAGCUGUGGAACGUGUGGAAUGUCUUUUCCUCCCACAGCUCAACACGUUGCCACGUGUGGCGGAGGCAGUGAUUCAGGCGCAAAUUUAGAGACAGGUGAAAGAAUUGAGACCCACUCAUUCUGUGCACAUCCUCUGUACUUCAACCAUUUCUAUCCUUUUUAACAGAAGAAAGGUAGCCGGUAUGUUUGCAGGGUUGCUCUUCAUCACAGGUCACCAUUCACAGCUCAAAUGGUCAUACUUACACUGUUAGGAACUACUGAACACAUGAGCACCAAUAACACUUUCUUUGUUGUGAUUGUACGGUUUACAAUUCAGUUGAAUCUCUUUGUAUAUAGGAGCAAUAGAAACAAAUCUGAAGUGAUAAGGGUGUGUGUACAGAUGCACCAUUGUGAGAUUCACCUUGAGUAUCUUUAUCUCCUUUAUCUGACACCGUUUCUCAUAGAAUGAAACUAAGCCUUGUUUUGAUCGUGUUUAAACAUGCGUUACAGCUGAAGCCUACAUUUCACAGAGAAGAUUGAUUGAUGUGUUUUAAGUGAUAUAUUUUGUGUCCAAGUCAGUUCAGGCUUCAGACUGAACAAGUAAAAAAAAAAAAAAAACAUGCUGACAUGAAAUCCUUUAUUCAAUUCAAUAUUUACCUGUAACACAUUACAUUGACUGAGACGAUUUUCCAUAAUACAAUCACAAAUCGCACAAAUACUCACAGCUUUGUAAAGGAAUAGAUCAGUGUUUUUAAACCUAAUCUCUGUCAACUGCAUGUGUGGUGUGUCCGCCAUUGUUAUAGACAAGAAUUUACGAGAACUGGAAACUUUUUUUUUUUUACACAGACCUUCAAUAGUAUAAAAGUCUAAUUUCAACCUUUUGAACUCAAUUGAUAAACUAUAUAAAUUAUAACCAUUCUGCUCUAAAAGUAAAGCUCAUAUGAUGCCAAAGUUGUUGUUGUUAUUACUGUGUAAAUGGCAGAUAAAAGUUAAUAGGUCAUUUCUAGUUUAUUAUUUUGGUCAUUUCUUCUUGUUCAAACUAUUCCCUACUUAUGAAGAACCAGUAUAAAGUUGGCAUUUUUUAACCACAGACAUGUCCACAGGACAGAGUGAUGCACUCAGUGAAACCUUCCAGUCAAAAGUGCUUAUGCAGAUCUGCACAAAUAAGCAUCGAUUCCCCAACAACUACCGUUCUUGUCUGGCAUAUGGCAAUUGCACCUAGGCUGUAGAUACAAUAAAAGAAGAUUAAGUUAAGAAAACACUGGAGUAUACCUUCAAGCUUUUACACCUAUGGCACACGCUAGCAUUAUCACAGGAUCUACUCUUGCAGAGUGUAAUAUUAGAGAACUACACUGUAGUUGUGUUUGAUUAUGAUGACUACUUUUACUGACUUUAUGUACUUGGUUUCUUUUGAAUAAAAUAUGCUUCUUUUUUAAAAAUAAAA